AUGAGUAACAACAACAAUACGAGCAAGCCAUGGUUGCCUCGAACCGCAGCCCCCGAAAUUAUCUUUUACAACGCCAAUGUUGUGGAUGUGGAAGCCGGCGACAUUAUUCCUGAUGCUGUCGUUCAUAUCCAGAAUGGGCGUAUCGUGGAAGUAUCGACUGGCGAUGUAGCGACUCCCCCCGAUGCAGUGAAUCUAAACGGACAGUAUAUCUGCCCCGGCUUAAUCGACUGCCAUGUGCACAUUACGGCAACUCCGGGCUCUUCAUCUCUUAAGGAUAUGUUUUCUGCAAGUCCAAAUACCAUCGCCUAUCGAUCCACGUUUGUUGCACGCGAGAUGCUUCUCCGAGGAUUCACCACGGUCCGCGAUACCGGUGGUGCCGACUACUCCCUCCGCGAAGCCAUUGAAGAAGGCUUGGUUGCAGGUCCACGGCUAUUCAUUGCAGGCAAAGCACUCUCGCAAACGGGUGGACACGGCGAUUUGCGAGCCAAUUAUCAGGGGUCCGAGUAUAAGUGCUGUGGCGGGCACAGCCCGGCACUGGCACGGGUAUGCAAUGGUGUCCCCGAAUGCUUGGAGGCUGCCCGCGACGAGCUCAGACAAGGAGCCAACUUCUUGAAGAUUAUGUGUGGUGGUGGUGUAGCAACACCGUCGGAUGCACUUGAUAUGCUGCAGUUUACUGGUGAGGAGAUUCGCGCGAUCACAACGACGGCGAGGCAGUCCAAGACCUAUGUCACGGCACAUGCCUACACUGUGGAUGCAAUUCGUCAUGCUGUUGAUAAUGGUGUUCGAGGCAUCGAGCAUGGUAAUUUCAUCGACGAGGAAACUGCUGCGUAUUGUGCAGAAUUGGGCGUUGUCUUUACUCCAACAUUGGUUACCUAUUAUGGCAUGUCCAAGCCACCCUUUGACAAGUUCCUGGAUGAAUUCAGCCAGGCAAAGAAUCGGCAAGUUCUGGAUAGUGGUCUAGACGCUUUGUCAAUCUUGCACAAGGCAGGGGCAAUGAUAUGCUAUGGUUCCGACCUUUUGGCUGGCCUGCAUCCUCUACAAAACCAGGAGUUCUCGAUUAGGUCCAGUGUUCUAAGCGCGAAGGAGAUUUUAAAAUCUGCGACUGUGAAUGCAGCGCGGUAUCUGGGAAUGGAAGGCAAACUCGGGUGCAUUAAAGAGGGGAGCAUUGCCGACAUGCUAAUCCUGACGUCUAAUCCUUUGGAAGACAUUACUAUCCUUGAUCGCAUACAGCAUCAUCUAGUGGCUAUUCUUAAGGAUGGGCGUAUUGUUUCCAAGAACGCAGACUGGCUGUCAGUUGAUCCUCUGUACAAUACCUGCCAUAGUUAUAAUCGGUGA